AUGGCCUCAAUUGCCCAAGACUUCGAUCACCCGAUCAUUGGGAAAAUAAAGGGCCAAGCAUCCGACGGCGUUAUCCAGUUCCUCGGCCUCAAGUAUGCUACUCUGCAGCACUGGUUCGACAAUGCAAAGCUUGUCCAGUAUGAUGGUAGCGGACUCAACGCUACACACCACGGUCCGCAAGCCAUAUCCGACCCAGAUGGAGUGAAGAAUGAGCACAUGAUCAUCCAGAAGUCACUCCCAACACCCAAGUUCCCCGGUCUCUCUGGGACUGAAUGUCUUAAUCUGAAUCUCACAGCGCCUCUGGAGAUUGGGGAUCUAACACAGGUGCCGGUUCUGGUUUUUAUUCACGGCGGAGGAUUCGGCACGGGAUCCAACUGGUGGCCUCAGUAUGAUACCAAGCGCAUAGUCCAACAUUCAAACAAGCUUGGAAAGCCCAUCAUCGCUAUCAACAUCAAGUAUAACAUACUUCCAACGCAUGGCUCGUUCUAA